CAAAAUUGUUUUCAGAAAUGAUACAAUCUAACUGAAUUGCAUCUACCUUCCGCAUGAUUUUUAAAGUGGCGAGAAUGAUUGCUGCUGUGUCUAAUAAUUAGGUCCUCCACUCCUUCACCAAGCUUAAUAUCCUGAGCCCCGACCAUGGAGCAGCAAAUCCUCUCUUUUCCAGUCCUUGUAGCCUUCCUACUCUUUGUAUUGAUGGUGUUCAAGAUACGGAAGAAAUCUAUAAUCACCAACGCUCCAGGACCCUGGAGGUUACCUUUCAUUGGUAACAUUCACCAGCUGGCUGGCGGUCAACCCCAUCACCGCCUUACAGACUUGGCCAAAACUUAUGGACCUGUUAUGAGUCUCCAGCUUGGCCAGGUUCCCGCAGUAGUCAUUUCCUCUGCAGAAACAGCAAAACUAGUCUUGAAAACCCACGAACUCCAAUUCAUUGAAAGACCCUCUCUCCUUGCUGCGGAUAUCAUGCUUUAUAAUCGUACAGACAUCAUAUUUGCUCCUUAUGGAGACUACUGGAGACAAAUGAAAAAAAUUGCCAUUCUGGAGCUGCUCAGUUCCAAGCGCGUGCAAUCAUUCAAAUCAGUCAGGGAAGAGGAGGUUUCGAAUUUCAUCAAAUUUAUCUAUUCCAAAGCCGGAUCCCCAAUAAAUCUUAGCAGGACGCUCUUGUCCUUAACUAAUAGCAUCAUUGCAAAAACAUCCAUAGGAAAGAAAUUCAAAAGACAGGAACAAAUUAUUGAACUUAUCACGGACGCCAUUGCUGCAGCAGGAGGUUUCAGUGUGGUCGAUCUGUUUCCCUCCUAUAAAUUGCUUCAUGUGAUCAGUGGGAUGAACUCUAAACUCCGCAGGAUUCAUCGAGAGGUAGACGAGAUUCUUGAAGAAAUCAUAGAUGAACAUAAAGCCAACAAGGCAGCUGCGUCAGAGAUUGAAGCUGAGAAUAUACUAGAUGUUCUUCUGGAUAUGCAGGGCCUUGAAUUCCCCUUGACCAACGACAACAUCAAAGCUAUCAUUCUGGAAAUGUUUGGCGCUGCAAGUGACACAUCUUCAGUAACUACAGAAUGGGCAUUAUCAGAAAUGAUGAAGAACCCUUUGGUCAUGAAAAGAGCACAAGUAGAAGUGAGAGAUAUUUUCAGUGAUAAGGGAGACGUAGAUGAAGCAAAGCUUCAUGAAUUAAAAUACCUGAAGUUGGUGAUCAAAGAAACCUUGAGAUUACAUCCUCCGCUUGCAUUGAUUCCUAGGGAAUGUUGUGAGAGAACUAAGCUUAAUGGGUAUGAUAUAUAUCCUAAAAGUAGAGUACUUAUCAAUGCAUGGGCGAUUGGAAGAGAUCCUAAUUCAUGGACUGAUCCAGAAAGAUUUUACCCAGAGAGAUUUCUUAAUAGCUCAGUUGAUAUGAAGGGCACCAAUUUUGAACUUAUCCCAUUUGGUGCUGGAAAGAGAAUGUGUCCUGGUAUAAGCAUGGCUAUGGCUAAUAUUGAGCUUAGUCUUGCACAACUAUUGUACCAUUUUAAGUGGAAACUUCCUGGUGAAGCUCAACAACAAGAUCUUGACAUGGGUGAGGCUUUUGGUCUUGCAGUUAAGAGAAAAUUAGACCUUAACUUGAUUCCCACUCCAUUUCGUCCUUUGCCUGUGAAAAGAAUGACCAUGGAAAAGAUAUAGGACCAUGUUCAUAGACUCUGUUUAUGGGGGAUAAAAUAACUUCAGCAAUGAAAUGGUGAAAUUAUUUCCAUUUAUAGUAUAUUAGCAGCUGUUCAUGUACUUUGUUUACGGGGGACAAAAUAACUUCUUAUU